UGCUGAAAAUAUGUCGGAGGCCAAAUUAAUAUCCGGUACACAAGUGGCCAAUGAAAUUCGUGAAUCUUUAAAACAAAAAGUUGCCGAUAUCAAAAAUGAUUUGCCUGAUUUCAAUCCCGGUCUAUGCAUUGUCCAAGUUGGUGGUCGUGAAGAUUCCAAUGUUUAUAUUCGCAUGAAAAUCAAGGCAGCCAAAGAAAUUGGCAUUGCUGCACAACAUGUUCAACUGCCCAGAACUACAACUGAAAUUGAGCUACUUGACAAGAUUAACUCGCUUAACAAUGAUCCCAAUGUGCACGGUAUUAUUGUACAAAUGCCACUCGAUUGUGAUACGAAAAUCGAUUCACACAAAAUCACAGAUGCUGUACAUCCCGACAAAGAUGUUGACGGUCUGCAUACCAUGAACGAGGGACGUGUAUCAAUUGGUGACUUGAGUGGUUUCAUGCCAUGCACACCAUGGGGUUGUAUUGAAUUGAUCAAAAGAUCUGGUAUCCAGAUGGCCGGGGCUAAUGCUGUUGUAUUGGGACGUAGUAAAAUUGUUGGUACUCCAGCGGCUGAACUAUUGAAAUGGCAUAAUGCCACUGUGACGGUGUGCCAUUCGAAAACCAAGAAUAUUGAAGAUAUUUGCCGUACUGCUGAUAUUUUGGUUGUAGGCAUUGGUGUACCCGAAAUGGUUAAGGGUUCUUGGAUUAAACCUGGUGCCGUUGUCAUCGAUUGCGGUAUUAACGUCAAGCCUGACCCAACCAAAAAAAGUGGUACUCGCUUGGUGGGUGAUGUUGCCUUCGAAGAAGCUAAAUUAGUUGCUUCAGCUAUUACUCCUGUUCCAGGUGGCGUUGGGCCUAUGACUGUUGCCAUGCUGAUGGAAAACACUGUACGUUCGGCAUCGAAGGCCGCCUUCAACUUGUUGAAGAAAUCAUGGGAAUUGGCUCCCUUGACUCUUAGACCCGUAAGACCAGUACCAAGUGAUAUUGUCAUUGCCCGUUCCCAAACUCCCAAGGAUAUCUCCAUGUUGGCCAAAGAAAUUGGUCUACUCGGCAAUGAGGUGUCUCUGUAUGGCAAUAAGAAAGCUAAGAUUGCUCUCAGUGUUAUGGAUCGUUUGAAGUCCAGAGGUGAUGGCAACUAUGUUGUUGUUGCUGGUAUUACACCCACUCCCUUGGGUGAGGGUAAGAGUACCACCCUUAUUGGCUUGGUACAAGCCUUGUGCGCCCACAAACAAAGAAAUGCCGUUGCCUGUAUGCGUCAACCUUCACAGGGACCCACAUUUGGUAUUAAAGGUGGUGCUGCCGGUGGUGGUUAUGCCCAAGUUAUCCCUAUGGAAGAAUUCAAUCUGCAUUUAACCGGUGACAUUCACGCCGUUACUGCUGCCAAUAAUCUCUUAGCUGCCCAAUUGGAUACUCGUAUAUUCCAUGAAAAUACCCAAAAAGAUCAAGCCCUAUACGACCGUUUGGUGCCACGCAUUAAGGGUGAGAGAAAAUUCUCCAAAAUUCAAUUGAGACGUCUCGAGCGUUUGGGCAUUAAUAAAACUGAUCCCGACUCCUUGACCCCCGAGGAAAUGGGCAAAUUUGCCCGUUUGGAUAUUGAUCCCGACACCAUUAUGUGGGAACGUGUUGUCGACAUCAAUGAUAGAUAUUUGAGACAAAUUACUGUGGGCCAAUCUCCCACCGAGAAAGGAUUUACACGUACCGCAUCUUUCUCCAUUUCGGUGGCCAGUGAAAUUAUGGCCGUUUUGGCUUUGGCUCAAAAUAUGGAAGAUAUGAAAACUAGAUUAUCGAAAAUGGUUGUGGCUUUUGAUCGUAAGGGAAAUCCAGUGACAGCUGAUGAUUUGGGUGUGACCGGCGCUUUGACUGUGUUGCUCAAGGACGCGUUGGAACCAAAUUUGAUGCAAACUUUGGAAGGUACCCCCGUGUUGGUACAUGCUGGACCUUUUGCCAAUAUUGCCCAUGGCUGUUCGUCAAUUGUUGCCGAUGAAAUUGCCUUGAAAUUGGUUGGCAGUGAAGGUUUUGUUUGUACCGAAGCUGGUUUUGGUUCUGACAUUGGCAUGGAAAAAUUCUGCAAUAUUAAGUGUCGUUCAUCGGGUCGUAAACCAAAUGCUGUUGUUUUGGUUGCCACUGUAAGAGCUCUGAAAAUGCAUGGUGGUGGUGCUCCAGUUACCCCAGGUGCUCCUCUUAACAAACAAUAUACCGAAGAGAAUUUGGAAUUGCUUGAAAAGGGUCUGCCCAAUUUGUUGCAACACAUUUCCAAUGGUUGUUCAUUUGGUUUGCCUGUCAUAGUGGCCAUUAAUCGUCAUAGUUCUGAUACUGAUGCCGAACAUGAAUUAAUCAAAUCCGCUGCCGUUAAAGCUGGUGCCUUUGCCGCCGUUGUCUGCUCCCACUGGAGUGAUGGUGGUGCUGGUGCCACUGAAUUGGCUGAAGCCGUUAUCAAGGCUUGUGAAGAUUCCAAGAACUUUAAAUUGUUGUACAACAGCGAAAUGUCUUUGUUGGACAAAAUGAAUACCAUUGCCCAGAAAAUGUAUGGUGCCGCCAAGGUAGAAUUGACCGAAACCGCCCAAAAGGAUUUGGAGAAGUUGACAAGUGCUGGUUUUGGCCAAUUGCCAAUUUGCAUGUCCAAGACAUCUGGUUCUUUAACCGGUGAUGCAUCCAUUAAGGGAGCACCUAAAGGUUUUACAUUGACCGUUAAUCGUUUGUAUGUGUCGGCUGGAGCUGGUUUUGUUGUUGCCAUGUGUGGUGAAAUAUCUAAAAUGCCUGGUCUGCCAACACGUCCCUGCAUUUAUGAUAUUGACUUGAAUACCGAAACCGGAGAAAUUGAAGGUUUAUUCUAAAGCAAAAAAGA